UAAUCGCUCUGGCGAAUUCAGACCCCAUUUAGUGUUCAGUUAGUUCAGAAUAACUGAACAGUCUCCCGUCGUCCAAGUGCGCCGGGAAUAGUUGUGUUGAUCAAAAGGACUUAGAGGGUUUGAGUCUACCCAAAGCGGUUUUAAAGCUUCCCUUUCCAAUUCUUUUAAAAAAAAUAAUCGUCCAAAAAUGAAGGUUAUACCAGAGGGUGCAGUUGGUAUGAUUGAUCCAUCUGAGCUUCUUCGUCCGGAGCCAGAUUUUGCUGAGAAACCGAUAUCCAAAUUUCGGGACUAUAGUAUCGACGAAACGGACCCAUUGAAGGAGCGUGUGAGGAGAACGUAUCGUUUGAUGCAUAAAAAUCAAACUGUGGAUUUCGUUAAAAAACGACGAGAACAUUGGCUCAAAUUCAACCACUUCAAAGCGACAAUUCGUGAAGCCCUUGAAAAGCUCAAUGACCUAGUUGACGAAUCCGAUCCAGAUUUGGACUUGCCAAACAUCAUUCAUGCCUUCCAAGCAGCCGAGCGGGCACGUGAAGAAUUCCCAGAACUGGAUUGGCUGCACCUGACUGCGCUGAUCCACGAUCUUGGGAAAGUUAUGGCUUUCUACGAUGAACCACAAUGGGCUGUUGUGGGUGACACUUUUGUAGUUGGCUGUCAAUGGGCCGACAGUAUUGUAUAUAGGGACGAAAGCUUCGAAGGAAACCCCGAUGGAGAUGAUACCAGAUAUAAUACCGAAUAUGGAAUGUAUAAACCCAACUGUGGAUUGAAGAAUGUGAUGCUGUCAUGGGGACAUGAUGAGUACAUGUAUCACGUGCUGAAACAUAAUAAGUCCACGCUUCCAGGACAUGCACUGAAUAUUAUACGAUUCCACUCGUUCUACCCUUGGCACACGGGUGGUGACUAUGAACACCUUUGUUCAGCAGAAGAUGUGGAGAACAAGAAAUGGGUGUUGACUUUCAACCGAUAUGAUUUGUACACAAAAUGUGAAACCAUCCCAGAUAUCGAAGCAUUGUGGCCAUACUACCAGACCCUCAUUGAUAAAUACUGUCCCGGUGUCCUCGAGUGGUAACCUUCAACCUAACGCAACUUACUUAUAUGACUAUUCCAAAGAAGGAAGAUUUUAUAGUAUGUAGGCCAAAUAAGUCGUUGUUAUUGUCCUUAUUUUAAAGUUAUGGAUGUAUUAUUUAGUGAACGUUACUUACCUAGUUAUUUUUUUAUUGUUAUGAGGGGAGACCAUGUUAUUUUUAAAUAUUUGUACAUAGUUUAGUAGUUCAAUUUAAGACUGUUGUGUAGUUCAUAUGUUAUGAGUGCAUAAAGUAAGAAAUUGACA